CACUGUGGAAUGAAAGUGACAGUUCGCCAGAGCCUCCAACUUGAGAGGCUGUGUUUUUUCAAGUUGCAACAUGCCGGAACCAAAUCGAAAUAUAACACUGCAGUGCAGUGCACUGAUGAGUUCUCAACUAGUUGGAGUUUGCAGCGUAUACCAGCGUCAUCACCCAGGUGCCAUCGGAACUUCAUCGCGACUGCAGGAAUGUCGCGGGUUAAGUUCAGUUGGCCACACCUUGACCACAGAGAUGGACAAGUCAUCGACACUGCUCGCCAGUCGGCACCGUUGGAAGGCCAGAUAUAAUGCGGUUGGAGUGGUUGCUCCGGAUUAUCCCGGUCUAAAGCAAGCCGUCGCAGCAACAGAAAAAAAAGCCGUCGCAGCUGUAGCAACCACAGCCGAUGUAAAGUGAGUGAGUUUAAAGUGAAGUGAAUUUAUUGUGAUAAUGUGAAUAAAUUGAAAUAAAAUAUGUGUUCCUAAAUUU